UCACGUACGCUCUCCCGGCAGCUAGUGCUACUAUCCAACAUGUCGGCUACGGCUGUGUACCCCAUGUGUUUGCGAGCGAGCCGGGGCCUCCUGCGGCUCCGGAGCGGGGCUGUGGGUGCCUCCUCCCCGGCGGUAGUGGACAUAGUCAGGACACUCUCUACGGAGAAGCCGCCGGCCGGAGCGGGCGGUGCGACGGGCGGGCUGGCUCAGGCUAUCCUCCAGGAGCGGCUCCAGCAGCAGCAGCAGCAGAGUCAGGGCCAGCCUCCUCCUGAGGGAGGUGAGGGUGAGAAGGAGGGAGAACAAACGGAGGACAAGAAGCAGAAGGAGAACACAGCCUACGCUAAGAAGAUGGUGCUGCGGCUGGCGGGGCUGAUGGGGAUCGGAGGAGCCGUCGGCAUGGUCUACUUAUUCGGCACCAAUUCAGUGGACGAGCAAGGAAACAUUAUUCCAGACGAGUUCGACAGAGAGCCUCCCGUCGUCCAACAGUUGAAAAGAACCUACAAAUACUUCAAGGAUUACAGACAGAUGAUCAUCGAGCCGACGAGCCCGAAGCUGCUGCCCGACCCUCUGAAGGAGCCGUACUACCAGCCUCCCUACACGCUGGUACUGGAGCUCACCGACGUCCUGCUGCACCCCGAGUGGUCGUUGUCCACCGGUUGGAGGUUUAAGAAGCGUCCGGGCAUCGACUACCUGUUCCAGCAGCUCGCACCACUCUACGAGAUCGUCAUCUUCACUGCAGAGACCGGCAUGACGGCGUAUCCUCUGAUUGACAGCAUCGACCCUCAGGGCUUCGUCAUGUAUCGUCUCUUCAGAGAUGCUACACACUACAUGGAGGGGCACCAUGUCAAGGACGUGUCCUGUUUGAACCGGGACACCAGUAAAGUGAUCGUGGUGGACUGUAAGCGGGAGGCCUUCAGCCUGCAGCCGUUCAACGGAAUGGCUCUGAAGAAAUGGGACGGGAACUCUGAGGACAGAACGCUCUACGACCUUGCCAACUUCCUCAAGACGAUCGCACUGAGCGGCGUGGACGACGUGCGCUCUGUGUUGGAGAACUACGCUCUGGAGGACGACCCGAUCGAGGCGUUUAAGCGCAGACAGGCUCAGCUGGCGCAGGAGGAGGAGCAGCGUCUGGCCGAGCUCUCACAGCAGAAGAAACAGGGACUCUCUCUCGGCACCAUCGCCUCGCGGUUCUGGCGCUCCAAACAGCAGUGAGCCCCGCCCCCCUCUCACACUUUCACCAAUCACAGCCCUGCUUGCCAUCUGCAUUGAGGCGAGGGGCCAGAGGAGAGAGGGGGAGGGGAGCGGGCCCCGUAACCAAUCACGUCUCAGUGGGCGGGUCUGCGGUGCUGGAACAUUGUCCGUCCUCUGCACCAAUGAGAGGCACUUCCUGUUUUUUUUGGAGGCAGGGCAUCAGCGGCCCCAUCCCUUUGGUCAUCAAGCUGCUGAUUGGUUAAAAAAAAAGACUAGUGGCAGAGGAUCCAGGUCAGGAUGAACUCUUGUUGUUGGCGGUCUGGAGGCGGGUCUGAGAUUAGCCCUCCGACUCUGGUCGGCCUCGCCGCUCGCAGGAUCUGACCUGAGAUCAGCGCUCUGUCCUGUACCACACCUGCAGAAUGUGUAUUUAAUUUUAUUUUCUAUUCCUCUGCGUGUGUGCUGACAGGCUGCUGGAGAUAAAAUAAUGGAUAUUGUUUAUAAGAAAUAAAGAUAAACAAUAAAUAGUAUUCUUAAGAGUUUAUUCAAUAUGUCAGACGGUCGGCUUGUCCAGUGCUGUGGCGGCGACGUGGACAGGUAACUGCCCCGGCUGGUUGCCAUAGUGAAGACUGGACCGGCAGCUGAGCCGCUGAGGAGCAUCAUGAAGGAUACAGUCUCUUUAGUUCUGAUCUCCCAUUUUCACAUCAAACGAUCAGUUUAUUAUCGUCCACAGAUUCCCAAAGUCCCUCCAUCUGUCACUCUAAAUCCUGACUAAAUCUUUAAAAACACAAAUAUAUAGUUUCAUUUUUUAGUAAAGUAGAGAGUUUUUAUAAAACAAACAGGAUGAAAUAGUGCAUUUGUUGUGGGGCUAUUUUAAGCGGUGGAUUGAUCCACAUUUAUUGCUAUAGUGAGCGUUUGUUGCAGCAUUAAAGGUACAAUGUGUAACUUUAAAAUGUCCUUAUUACUGACACCGCUGGACAUUUUGUGAAAUGCAGUCAGUCUGCAGACAUUAGCGAGAAGUGCAAGACACGAGCAACGACAUGACACGACAGACUGAACAUGACCGACUGGCCUCAAGUUCAUGUAUCAUCUUAUUGAUACUUAUUAGCUUGCUUUUUUUCAAAUGACUUGAUCAGCAAACACUACGAAGCAAUCUACAGCAUUUUGGUACUGUUUACAUGAACCGAUGCAGGUACUAAUACAGUUACCUGGAAUUUGGUAUCUUUUUUCUGUACUUUACUCUCUUCAUAAUAACAAAAUUGUAGCAGCAAAUGUGUCCGAUAACUUUCAGCAUAGAUUUUGUUUCAAAACAUUCGGCUAACGUGCUUUAAAACAAUGAUUCCUGUUUCAACCAGAUGCUCUCAGGUACCGAUUGAUUUCACGUGAAUCAGGACUUGAUAGUAGCAACAGAAUUCUGUCGGUACCCUUAAAAGUAUCGAGUUCAGUACCCGUCCCUAAACACCAUGCAGAGCAGCUUAGUUUCAGCUAGCUGGCUAACCUUAGCUUAGCUUAGUUUAGCUCAGGGUAGUUGGCUGUGACUGCUUUGCAUCGUUUUGGGAUUGUAGAAAUUCGUGGCUGUUGGAAAGGAAUUACUAAUGUAGACUUUCUGGUGUCUGCAGGUCGUUUGUUGGUAACUCCUAUGCUAAGCUAACGUUAGGUUAUCGGGGGAGCUGAAGAGAGGCAGUGAACAUAAACGUCACAUCCUCUGAAUUUACCUGAAGAAACGUCCAUAGUCUUUUACACAGAUAUCAGUGGACAGGCCAAGAGUCAGUUUUUGUCGCAUUCUGUUCAUCAAACGGAGAUUAUUUCAUGUAAAUUGUUGCGCUGUACCUUUUAAGGGCGUUGUUAGAUAAACUAGAAAUCAUAAUCUCUCUAUAAAAACAUACAAUAUUUAUUACUCAGACGUGUUUUUAUCGUUGGACCCCCCCCCCCCCCCAACCCCGGUGGAUUGAUCUUUGUUUUUUUUAUUAUUUUUGAGAUAUUUCUGUCGUCGCGUUCCUCCGGAGAGAAAACAGCCAUCCAGAGAGAGGAGGUGCUCAGCUGCCGUUCUUCAUGUGUUUGUUGGAGAUUCUGUGACUCAUGUUGAUCGACUUCCUCAAUAAAACAAACAAACCAA